AUGAACAACUGCAACUUCGUUUACACAUUACCAGAAUAUGUUCUGGAUCGAACGGUCAUUAUCAACGAUGGUCAUGAGCACCGCGUUAGUGGCUUUAAGCUUGCCAAGGCCAGUGAGUAUUUUAAACGUCAGCUAAUUCAACUGCGACAAGGUGAACUUGCUAAGUCGCGCGUAAGUGAGGAGGACAACGGGAAGCAGACUUCACGCAGAGUCAGAGCCAGAAGUCUCUGUCACUUGGAAUUUGAGCCUCUGCGCAUUACGUAUGACGACAUUGAUGGCUUCGAGACGAUGCUCUCUUUUACACACUGCUCAGAGGAGGCUCGUCGUCGAUUAGCGAGCAAACUGACCAGCGGCAAACUUGUGUCCAUUUUGAAAGCUGGCAUGCACUUCGAGGUCCCCAGCUUUAUGGACUACUUCAUAACAGCUAUGAAGACAAAACUCAGAGCCGAUACAAUUUGGGAUUUUUGGAUUGCCUUAAGAGAAUUUAACGGAAGCCUGCCGAAUGUUGUUGAUCAUUGCAUGAGUUUUCUACUGAAGAAUUUCCUCGAAGCAUCCGAUUCGGAACAUUUUUUACGGCUUGAAGUUGAACAGUUGAAGCCGAUUAUGAAAGACGAUGCACUGAACGUUGCCAAUGAAUUAGAAUUGUUCGGGGCCAUAACUACCUGGGUAAAGGCAGAUAGGGCAGAACGCGUUCAUAAGCUUCACGAACUUCUCGAAUGUGUACGCUUCGGCCGAUUAACUGCAGAGGAGUUUGCUGAAAUAACUGAGCAUCCACUAGUCAAAGAGGCGGGUGAGUCGUGCGGCUCCCUGCUUGCUGUAGCUCAGAUAGUUGUCGAUUCGUCGGCAGAUCUUCCAGAGUCCCAACAGGCAGGAGACGAUACUGAAGCAUAUGCUUACUAUAAGCGUCCUCGGCUCCCACACUCAGCAAUAUUCGUUGUCGGUGGCUGGGAGGGUAACCAGGACGACCCAAAUUUCGGACCAUCAAGGGCAGUUCAAGUCUACAAUUCGCGCAGCGACACAUGGCGCCGAAUUGCCGCAGACGGAAUCGCUCUAGACGAAGGGCAUGCUUACUCAGGCUGUGUGCUUUACAAAAAUAAAAUAUAUAUAGUUGGAGGAUAUAUUGCUAGUGGACCCACACAAACGUUAAAGAUGCUCGAGCUCACUGUGGGGACGUGGAAGUUCCUUUCACCCAUGCAUGAGAAGCGCAAUUACGUCUGCACCUGCCUCCUGGACAACGCCAUAUACGCAAUUGGGGGCCACAAUGGUCGACAUCGACUGAACACUGUUGAGCGCUACGAUCCCGAACAAAACAACUGGACCUACGUUUCACAGAUGCGGCAGGUCCGCAGCGAUGCAGGGGCGGAUUCCCUAAACGGCCGCAUUUACGUGUGUGGAGGUUUCGAUGGUCACCACUUUUACGACUCAGUUGAGUCCUACGACCCGAAAGUGGAUCAGUGGACUUUAGUUGCCCCCAUGCAGAACAUUCGAAGCGGAGUCAGCGUUACGGCCUUUAAGAAUGCCCUAUACGCCAUCGGCGGUAAUGAUGGUCUUCAACGGCUGCGAACUGUCGAAAAGUAUGACCCGGAGACCAAUCAAUGGCAGACAAUGCCCUCGAUGAUCCGUCAGCGUAGCAACUUCUGUAUAGUCACUCUCGAGGAUAUUAUUUACGUUAUGGGUGGCUGGAGCGAUGAGACUAAUUCAACCAUCGCAUUGGUUGAAAAGUGGGUUCCUGGUAUGACGAGCAGUUGGCAAUCGGCAAAGGAGUUGUUUUUGCCUGCUAGCGCAAAUUGUUGCUGUGGAAUACAGGGUCUGGAACUAAUCAGAGACUUUUUGUAG